UACCUGGUAGGCAUAGCAUGGGAGAAACAAAUAAUGCAAGAGCUGAUGGUGGAGUCAAGGGUGGAGAAGAGGAAGAGAAAGGCAGGAAGAAGAUGACCAAGGGUGGUAAGGCGUCGUUCCAUGACCUGUUCAAGAACGCGGACGCCGCUGAUGUGGUGCUGAUGCUGGUUGGCACGGUCGCCGCGCUUGCGAGCGGCAUGUCACAGGUCGUCAUGUCGAUCAUCUUCGGGCGGAUGGUAGAUGCCUUUGGAGGUGCCACCCGGGACACCAUCCUUCCCCGAGUCGACAAGGUGGUUCUAGAGUUUGUCUACUUAGCAAUUGGAACAUGGCCUGCUUGUUUUCUCCAGAUAUCAUGCUGGACCGUGACUGGGGAGAGGCAGGCAGCUCGCUUUCGAUCUUUGUAUCUCAAGUCGGUUUUGAGACAAGACAUGGCAUUCUUUGAUACAGAAAUGAAAGGUGGACAGGUAGUGUUUGGUACAUCUGCUGACACAAUACUAAUUCAAGAUGCGAUUGGCGAGAAGGUAGGGAAGUUUCUACAGCUUCUUACCACUUUCAUUGGUGGGUUCACGGUGGCAUUUAUCAAAGGCUGGCUCCUAACCCUUGUAAUGCUUUCUACUAUACCACCACUAAUCGUUGCAGCUGCAAUCGUCUCAAAGAUGCUUUCCAAAGUAUCUAGCGAGGGCCUAGCAUCAUACAUUGAUGCAGGAAAUAUUGUAGAACAGACAAUUGGAUCCAUAAGAACGGUGGUUUCAUUCAAUGGUGAAAAGAAAGCCAUGGACCAGUACAACAAUCUCAUAAAGAAGGCAUACAAGGGUACGAUCAAGGAAGGGGCUAUUCAAGGCUUUGGCCUGGGUUUCCUUUCUUUGGUCUAUUUCUCCAGCUUUGGACUAAUUGUAUGGUAUGGCAGUAAGUUAACCCUUGACAGAGGAUAUAGUGGAGCAGAUGUCAUGAACAUAUUGUUUGCUGUCCUUGUAGGAGCAAGAGCAUUGGGUGAUGCAACCCCCUGCAUUGCUUCCUUUGACGAAGGAAGAGUUGCCGCAUACAGAUUGUUUACAACAAUCAACAGGAAACCAGAGAUUGACUAUGAUGAUACUACUGGUGUUGUGUUAGAAGACAUUAAAGGUGAUGUAGAGCUGAGGGAUGUGUCUUUCAGUUACCCAAGCAGGCCAGAGCAACUAAUAUUUGAUCGAUUUUCAAUGCAUGUAUCAAGCGGCACAACAAUGGCCAUAGUUGGGGAGAGUGGGAGUGGCAAAACAACAGUCAUUAAUUUAGUUGAGAGAUUUUAUGAUCCACAGGCUGGCGAAGUGUUGAUUGAUGGAAUGAACAUCAAGAGUUUUAAGCUAGAAUGGAUGAGAGGGAAGAUUGGCCUUGUUAACCAGGAACCAGUACUCUUCAUGACAUCUAUAAAGGAGAACAUAGCCUACGGAAAAGAGGAUGCAACAUUGGAGGAGAUCAAGAAAGCAGCCGAGCUUGCCAACGCGGCAAGAUUCAUUGAGAAUUUGCCUAAUGGUUAUGAUACAGCAGUUGGACAACGUGGUGCCCAGCUUUCAGGGGGGCAGAAGCAAAGGAUUGCGGUUGCGAGAGCCAUCCUAAAAAAUCCGAAAAUCCUUUUGCUCGAUGAAGCGACUAGUGCAUUGGAUUUAGAGUCUGAGAGGGUUGUCCAAGAAGCACUAAGCAACAUCAUGGUUGGGAGAACCACGAUUGUCGUGGCACAUCGUUUGAGCACUGUUAGAAAUGCCCACUGCAUAUCAGUUGUUUCUGGAGGAAAAAUAGUCGAACAAGGACAUCAUGAUAAAUUGGUAAAGGAUCCUGACGGAGCAUACUCUCAACUUAUUCAGCUACAAGAGACACACCAAGAAACUUGCGAGCAGUUAGAUGCUGGAUUAUCAAGCCCAUUAUCUAAAAGAAAUCAAGCACAAUCAAUCAGUACAAGUUCAGCUGGGAGCAGCCACCAUUCUGUAAUUCCCCCUGUCAACUUGCCUGGCCCUACUGCAUUACUUGAUUAUGAUGGUGCAGAUGGUGAGAAAGCAAGCGAUAACACAGAUGUCAAGGUUUCCAAGAAGGCCCCAAUGGGACGCUUAAUUAGCCUAAACAGACCAGAGACGGCAUUUCUUCUAUUUGGUUCUCUUGCGGCAGCAAUUGAUGGAACUGUCUACCCAAUGAUGGGUUUGGUAAUGGCUAGUGCUGCUAAAACAUUCUAUGAAUUACCAGCAGACAAGCGACAGGAAGAUUCUACCUUUUGGGGAUUGCUGUGUAUUGGGCUGGGUGCAAUGGGUAUGAUAUCAAAGCUAGCAAAUAGCCUUCUAUUUGCAAUAGCUGGUGGGAAACUUAUAGAACGCAUUCGUGCUUUCACAUUUAAAAACAUAGUGUACCAAGAUGCUGCUUGGUUUGAUCAUCCUGCAAAUUCUAGUGGAGCACUUGGUGGAAGGUUAUGUGUUGAUGCCCUUAAUGUGAGACGCCUUGUAGGGGGUAACUUGGCCUUAAUAAUCCAAUGUACUGCAACACUUAUUUGUGGAAUAGUAAUAGCUAUGAUUGCAGACUGGAAGCUUUCAUUGGUCAUCUUAAUUGUAGUUCCUUUAAUGGGUCUCCAGGCUUAUGCUCAAGUGAAGUUCCUACAAGGGUUUAGUCAAAAUGCCAAGACCAUGUAUGAAGAAGCAAGUCAAGUGGCAACUGAUGCAGUUGGUAACAUGAGAACAGUGGCCUCUUUUUGUGCCGAGGAGAGAGUGGUGACAAAAUACAAUCAGAAAUGCCAAGCUUCUAAAAACCAAGGAAUUCGAACAGGAAUAGUUGGAGGCAUUGGUUUUGGUUUCUCAUAUACGAUGCUAUAUGUCACGUCUGCUCUUUGUUACUAUGUUGGUGCAAAGUUUAUUAGUCAAGGCAACUCUGAUUUUGGCGGCGUCUUCAAGGCUUACUUUGCUCUGGUUUUGGCCAUGAUUGGAGCAUCACAAACUAGUGCUAUGGCUUCUGAUUCAGCCAAGGCAAAUGAUUCUGCAACUUCCAUAUUCAAAAUCUUAGACAGAAAAUCCCAAAUCGAUUCCAGCAGCGAAGAGGGUUCUACCAUGGAGCUUGUCAAGGGUGACAUUGAUUUUAUGCAUAUCAGCUUCAAAUACCCAUCCCGUCCAGAUGUUCAAAUAUUCAGUGACUUCACCUUGAACAUUCCCUCUAGAAAGACUGUUGCGCUUGUGGGUCAAAGUGGCAGCGGCAAAUCUACAGUAAUUGCUUUACUAGAGCGUUUCUAUGAUCCAGAUUCUGGUGCGAUCUUAUUGGAUGGAGUGGAAAUCAUCAACCUAAAGCUAAGUUGGUUGAGGGACCAGAUGGGAUUGGUAAGCCAAGAACCAGUCCUUUUCAACGACACAAUACGAGCCAACAUAGCAUACGGUAAGCAUGAAGAGGUAACAGAGGAAGAGAUUGCUGCGGCUGCUAAAGCAGCCAAUGCCCAUGAAUUCAUAUCGAGCAUGCCACAGGGGUACAGCACGUCAGUUGGAGAGAGAGGGACCCAACUGUCCGGCGGGCAGAAACAGCGCAUAGCCAUUGCAAGGGCUAUUCUGAAGGACCCACGGAUACUGCUUCUGGAUGAGGCAACAAGCGCGUUAGAUGCAGAGUCAGAGAGCGUCGUUCAAGACGCACUGGACUGCGUGAUGCUUGGCAGGACAACUGUCACCGUGGCACACCGCCUCUCAACGAUCCAAGGGGCUGAUAUAAUUGCAGUUCUGAAGGAUGGCGCAAUCGUGGAGAAAGGAACACAUGAGACCCUGAUGGGCAUCGCCGGCGGAGCAUAUGCCUCGCUUCUAGAACUUCGCCCCAAUGCAACAUAAUACAGUGAUUUGGGCAAUGGCGUCGAUUUGAGCUACUGAAUUGUACUAGUACUAGUAGUACAGUUGGCUUAGGCAAUUUAGUCUGUUAGAUAUACUACUGCUGGAAAUGCAGGCGUCUUAUCGAAAUAUAUAAGAAUGCUCCAUGGGUGAAGAUUUGCUGCAGCCAAAGGGGGAACGUGACAUUUUCCAAGGCCUAGCGUCCUGUAUAAAUGUAGCAUACGGUGUACCUAAGGUCGUAUGUUUGCUACCCUCCAGAUCAGUACCUACAUCAAACCGAUAAUCCAUGGGAAUGGGAUACCAUGGGAGAAAUUUAUUGGGGGGCUAAAGCCAAGGGUAUUCUCAGGAGGUGGUGGUGGGUACCU